AGAUCUGUUCGACUUUUCCUCCUCACAGAAAUUAAUAUAAAUAUGGAAAAUUAAAAUGGAAAAUUUUCUCACCCUCUCCUCUUUCUUGCUCGAGGUUUUGUUUUUCUUUCCGUUUUGUUCGUCAUCGGUGUUGUUUGUUGGGUUUAACAUCCUAGAAGAAACUAGAGAAAGAGAGUAACCAAAUCCAAACUCAGUAACAGAUGGAUUUGGAUCAGUGGAUAGCCAAGGUAAAGGAAGGACAGCAUCUGUUAGAGGAUGAGCUUCAACUUCUCUGCGAAUACGUAAAAGAGAUCCUCAUCGAGGAGUCCAAUGUGCAGCCUGUUAACAGUCCAGUCACUGUUUGUGGGGAUAUUCAUGGCCAAUUUCAUGAUCUAAUGAAACUUUUCCAAACUGGAGGUCACGUUCCUGAGACAAAUUACAUUUUUAUGGUAACUUUUAUUCUCACUAUUGGUCACUUUUUUGCAUAUUAUCUGCAGUUUCACAAGCUUAAUAUUCCUAAUGCUUUGCAGGGAGAUUUUGUUGAUCGAGGUUACAAUAGUCUUGAAGUUUUCACUAUUCUUUUGCUUCUUAAAGCAAGAUAUCCUGCUAAUAUCACGCUUUUGCGAGGAAAUCAUGAAAGUCGACAACUUACUCAGGUGUAUGGCUUCUAUGAUGAGUGCCAGAGGAAGUAUGGUAAUGCCAAUGCAUGGCGGUAUUGUACUGAUGUUUUUGAUUAUCUAACACUCUCAGCAAUCAUAGAUGGCACUGUGCUUUGUGUCCAUGGUGGCCUUUCUCCUGACAUUCGUACAAUUGAUCAGAUAAGGGUAAUUGAACGCAAUUGUGAAAUUCCACAUGAAGGGCCAUUCUGUGAUUUAAUGUGGAGUGAUCCUGAAGAUAUUGAAACAUGGGCAGUUAGUCCCCGAGGAGCAGGUUGGCUAUUUGGAUCCAGGGUUACUUCUGAGUUCAAUCACAUUAACAAUCUUGAUUUGGUUUGCCGAGCACACCAAUUGGUACAAGAAGGACUUAAGUACAUGUUUCAAGAUAAAGGCUUAGUAACUGUCUGGUCUGCACCAAAUUACUGUUAUCGCUGUGGGAAUGUUGCUUCUAUAUUAAGCUUCAAUGAGAACAUGGAGAGAGAGGUGAAAUUUUUCACCGAAACAGAGGAGAACAACCAGAUGAGAGGACCCAGAACAGGAGUUCCUUAUUUCUUAUGAUGAGGGAUUCAUUUGCUGCGCUGCUUGUAAAAUUGCUGAAGUAAUGUGACUACUUAUUGUUGGGAAAGAUAUGUAACCGGAAAGGUGGUCCUUAUUUUAGAUGUUUUGCAGGUAGACCUUGCAUUUGCUUGGGUUGGUAUCUUCCCCACCACAUUAGGUUGCUUUUGUGAUUUGUGGCUUCUGUUCCGUGUCAUGGUUUCAAAUUGUUACAUUAUUUUUAAUUAGAUGAUGGCCUUUUCUUCCCCCUCCUAUUAAGUUAUACUUGAGUUUCUUAUCUUAGCCCAUGGUUAAGUGGUGUAUCAGUAUUCUCUGUUAUUUCAUGAUCAGCAACAAUCGACUUUCCUUCCAUUGUUGCUUGAAUUAUAUGGGAUCAUUUAUUGGAGCGUUGUAUUGCCUUA